AUGGCCAUCACAAAUCUAUCUGUAGAUCAUUCUCUGACUGACAGCGAUAAGCAUGCUUCCAAGUCCAAGAUCAUAUUUGUCACCUUCGUGUUUAUCCUAUCGCUUGUUUCGUUUGUAACACAGACAGAGUUCACUUCCCAAGCUUAUCAAUUAGGAUUCAGCGAACCGGUAGUAUUGCUUUUGGUUACCCAUGGCUCCUGGUGGAUUCUCUGGCCAUUACAGGCAAUAGGCGUAUCUUUGUAUAGAACCAGUCAAAUCUUGCAAGACCAGAACCAGACCCAGAGACAGCAUCGAUACAGUGCUAGUUCUGACAGACAAUACCAUCGUUUAGCCUCCACUUCAGAAUUGCUCGAAUCUCACAUCGAUUCUGAACAUCCUUCUGACGCUAUACCAGGACUAACUAGACCCGUGAACUAUGUCUCAUACUUCAAGAAAUGUUUGGUAAAACAAUUUCACAAUGUGUACCACACCUCUAUCUUGAUCUUUGAAAGUAAUGUCAACGACGACAGAACCACCGAAAACUUGAAUUCACUUAUAGAGAAGAAUCCUCACGUUUCGUACUCAAAUUCCAUCACUGAAUGUGUCAAAACAUUCUUUGCUACUCCUUCUAUUCAAUACGUAGUUAAAAAGGCUCUCCUUAUCACAUGUUUACUUACCGUCGCUGGCUCGACUUGGUACGGUGCCAUGGCAAUGACAUAUGCUUCAGAUGUUACAGCUAUCUAUAACUGUUCUGCAUUCACUGCUUAUGCAUUUGCCAUUCCCAUCUUGAAAGAGAAGUUUUCUUGGCUCAAGGCCAGCUCUGUAGUCAUUGCAGUACUGGGAGUCUUCAUUGUUGCCUACUCUGGAAGCGAUGCAGACUCGCUGUCCAGCGAAGAUUACCCCUACAGAUUCUGGGGAAACUUGAUCAUCUUGAUUGGAGCCAUCUUGUAUGGUUACUAUGAAGUUCUUUACAAGAGAUACUUGUGUAUUCCUCCUCACUUAACUGCCAUCAUAACUCCACGUCGUCAGCUGACAUUCGCCAACUUCGUCAUGGGAUUCUUUGGUUUUUUCACCUGCUUGAUUGUUCUCACAAUAAUCUUGAUCGCUGAAGUUUUCCGCAUUCAUAGCUUCAAUUUCUUCAACUAUGGCGAAGACACUACACUCAUCUGGAAGUAUAUAGUAGGCUCUAUCUUCCUGAACUUGAUCUUCAGUGCCUCUUUCUUGACAUUGAUGGCACUUACCAGUCCUGUUCUUUCAUCUGUCAGUUCGCUCCUCACAAUCUUCUUGAUUGGUUUGGUUGAAUGGGUCAUGUUUGGCAAUGUUUUGGAUUUCCAGCAAUUGUUGGGAGACUUCUUGGUUAUUGUAGGGUUUGUUCUCUUAACAAUUGCAUCCUGGAAGGAAAUCAGUGAAGGACAAGACGAUGACGAUGAUAUGGACGUCGUCAGUACAUAUUCAUUUGCUGUCAGUACUGAAAGCAGCGGCAACUAG